GAAGAAUGGGCUUUGACGCAGAAGAAGGGUUGCAUGAUAAUAUUGCUAGGAAUAGAUCUUUGGAUAAUAUCGAUGGAGAGGGUAUGGGGUCUGAAGGUGCUGGGUAUGCAGGGUAUGGGGGCUAUUUGGAUUUCGACCAGCAGUAUGUGGCUCUUGAGAAGUCAAUCAAGAAAAUGAUGAAGGCAAUGUUAGGGAAAGUAGUGGAUGAGAUUAGAAAAAGUAUACAACCAGUACACAAUAUGGAAGAAAAUAAGUACUGGAUUAAGGAAAAAAUGAAUGAGGCGCGAGACCAGUUCGAGUAUAAUGAGUGGUGUAAAGUUGGAAAGUAUAUAGAUAGUGCUAUCUUAAGCAAUGAUUGGGAUAUGAUAUCAAAAGCAAGGGAGGUAGUAGUUACGAGAGCAUUUGUUUUAAGAAUAAUGAAUCAUGAAGGAUGGAAUAUUGCAGCAGAAAUUGAAGAUAAAUCUUCAGAUGAUCCUAUGGAAGCCCUUUUUCACGAUAAGCUAACAAGAGUGGCAGCUCUUGCACCUAACCAGGGGAUACAGUGGCCUUUAAUUCAGCCCUUUCAACCUGUUCAACUAUACCAACCAGUUCAAUCUUUACAGUCAGGGUUUAGCCCAGGAGUAGGACCAUUCUUUAGUGGUAAUAAGCUGUGGGUCUCACAACAGAAUCAGAGGUCAUAUAAUCCAAGUAGGCCUGUGAGACAAAAUAGAAGUGCAGGGGUAGUAUGUUUCAUUUGUGAGGAAAGGGGUCAUAUCACUUGGGAUUGUCCUCAAAAGAAAAUGAAUCAGUCCUUUCGGGGUAGAGAGUAUACCGAAAGAAGUAAAACAAAGGGAAAGGAAGGUGGUAGGAAAAGUUAUUGGCAGUCAUCAGUAACCUAUUGGGAGGAAAAAAUAAAACCAGCAGCAGUAGUAAUAAUGUGGUUAAAGGACAAAGUUCCGCUGUUUGUGAAGGAUGUAAAGACAUUAGUUCAAAUGGAGGUUCUGAAACAAUUCAGGCUGACAAAAGAUGAGUUGGAUUGGGACUAUAAGUUAAGGUUGAGUAAGGUGCAACAUUUAUUUGAAGAAUUUUGUGGAUGGGUAGAAGAAAAUGUAUAUCCGGCAAAGGUUAAGACGGUAAGAAUGUUUUUAGGAUGGUUAGAAAUGGCGGGAAAGGUGUUUUGUAUGCAAGACUGUUUAGGAGCAAUAGCGAAAUUGCAUAAACAGAAGGGAUUUGUAAAUCCAGUAGAGAAUGUGAAUGUAAAGGAGGUAGUGAGAAGAAUUAAAUUGGUAAGAGCUCAAGAUCGUCAAGUUGACUGA